AUGUCAUUCAGACAGAGUACAAUGUUGGUGAAAGUCAGUGUUGGAUCGAAGUCUUUCCCUAUAGAAAUAGGGAAAGAAGAAGGCUCAAUUUCUACGCUAGGGGAGUUCAAAACACAUGUUGCUAAAGAAGCCAAUAUAGAAUCUUCCUGUAUGAAAAUUAUUCAUAGAGAUAUGAAUUUCAAAGAUAAUGACAAAAUAUUGAUUAUGGGUAAGGUAUCGUCGUCGUUAAAGGACGAUCCGGGCUUCUCGGCUCUUGUGGCUUACGAAAAAGCGAAUUUGGUGGGACUUCAAAAGCAGCACGAGCAAAUAGAAAGCGAUCUCAGUGCGAUGGAGUUAAAUUUUCUUGACGUGCAGAAAUCAUUGGAAAUGGUCAAGAGAAUGGAAAAGAGAUUGGCACACUUCACCGAAGCAUCGAUGAAGCACCUUGAGGCAUUGGAUGGUUUAAGCAUCGUUUGGAGAGCUAACGAGCGAGGCACAGUACGAAACCGUGAGAAAAGGAAGAGCUUAAUUGAUGGAAUCAACACGCUGCUAAAUGGAAAUGACAAGCAUGUUCGACGAUUAGAAGAGUACAAAAAGAAGCUCCUCGGGGAAAUUAUUGAAUGA